AUGAAUUCAUCUAAUGGUUUGAAUGAUGAUUGGGAUGGUAAUAAUUUAGCUACAAGAUAUGAUGAAACAAUGUCUAUUGCUCAACAACGUCAUCGUGAUGAUAUACGUCGUAUUGAACGUGAACGUAAAGAUUUAUUUGAACAACAAAAACAAGAAAUUCAAACAAUACGUAAUGAACAACAAACAUUAAAAGAUAAAUUAGAACAAUCAAAAACUCGUAAUACAAUAUUAUCUAAUGAAAUAAAAACAUUACGUGAACAAUUAAAAACAUCAUUAGAUAAAAGUAAACAUGAUGAUGAACUUGUUGCAGUUUUAUUAAAACAACAACAACAAAUGAAAAUAACACAAGAACAAUUACAAAAAGAUUUAGAUAUGAAAAUUAAAAUUAAUACAGAAUUAGAACAAGCAAAUAAAUUAGAUCAAAUGAAACAAAAUAUGAGUAGAACAAGAGAAAUGUGA